AGACCGCAUAAAAAUCCUCCUCUCCACUGCCUUCUCAAUCCAUUCAACGGGCCUCACUCUGCCUCACUUGGAGGAGAAUUGGGUUUCUGCGCUUCAGACAAAAUGUCUUUUAGUGAGCAGCAGUGUAAACAGCCGUGCCUGCCUCCUCCUUGUCUUCAGAAAACUCAAGAGAAGUGCCCAGUGCAAGUUCCAGAGCCCUGUCCACCACCAUGCCAAGAAAAAUGCCCAGUGCAAGCCCAGGAACCGUGCCUCCCUCAGAGCCAGGAGCCAUGCCAAGAAAUAAGUCCACAGCAGUGCCAAGAGUCAAGUCUCUCUCAGUGCCAAGACCCAUGUGCACCACCCUGCCAAGACCAAGUCCUGGAGCCACAAUGCCAGGAACUAUCUCAGGUCAAGUGUACGGAAUCAGUCCCUCAAAAAUGCCAAGAGAAAUGUCCAUUCCCUAGCCUGGGUAAAUAGCCAUCGAUCUAAAAUUCCACAGCUAUGGCAACAUCUGGAGGCAAAAGAAAUGACCCACAGAUUAAAAAGCCAAGUCAUAAUCCAUAUCAUGGUGAAGUUCUGUUUAUGACUCUGUUCUUAUUGGUUUUUCUCAUGUCUUUGCCCUGGCAAGCGUUUCUGAUCAUCAUUCAGGUCACGGUCUUUCUCUGGGAAAGUGAUUCUCACUAUAUCUCAGCAAUCUCUAUAAAUAAGCACGGUAUCUCCCAAACAGUGGGAAAAUGGGAUGCAGCAGAUCAGUGCUUCUGUAAAACCAAAGAACGGCAGAGUUGAAAGGGACCUGAAAGACCAACCCUUUCAUUAUAUGGAGAAAAAAACUGAAGCACAUAAAAGCAAAGAUAGUCAGUAAAAAAUCCAGGACAAGAACCCCUGGCUUUCUGACUCCUAAUCCAGUCCUCUUUCUACUACAUCAUCCUUCUCAAUCCUGGGUUUGUAGACUCCUAAGAGGUUUCCACCCACUUGGUGGGAUAUAAUGGAUCCAUUUUAAAAAUGUAAACUCUUUGAAGGUAAGGACUGUUUCAGUCUUGUCUUGGUAUCCUCCACACUUUUCAGGGUGUCUCAUGUAUUCUACUUAACCGCCUAAUGAAUGUUUUAUAAAUUAUUGAAUUCUCAAGUGAUUCUCAAAUAUAUGUUAAUUUGGAAACAUCACACACACAUACACAUGCACACACACACACACACACACUCACACACAGUAUUAUAGGGGAAGGAAAUGUAAUUAAAUCCUUUGAGAAUUUUUUUUUUAAAAAAAAGGCCUAUAUCAUACAUUAUAGGCACUGCUAGUUUAUAUAAUUGCAAAGACAAAGACAAAGACAAAAACAGUCCCUCCCUUCAGAGCUGCAUUCUAUCAGAGGGGAGAAGAUAGUGUCACCAAAUGCAGCAAAGUCUGUUAAGGUGCCACAGCCCUCCAGAGGUGGAAAAAUCUCUUUUCUAUACUCUACAACUAUCCCCAGCCCCAUGGGCAUCAACAUUCUGGUGCUAUGGUAGCCAGAAGAAUGGCGAUGAUGUAAUCAUUGAUGCUACAAAGUGAAGCUGGAAGAAUGAGAUGGGAUCCUCUGAAUUCCCUCUUUCUUGUUGUUUUCUCUGUUGUUAGCUCACUCUGGGCCACUAGUGCAGGCUCUUUCUAAAUCUUCGGAGAUGUGAUUUGUAUUCUAUGUGAUUGCAUGAUGGGUCCACUUGAUUGUCCAACUCUCUGUCCUUUUUCUCCAAUUGUCAAGGUAAAACAUUAAAGCCUCCAACUCCA